AUGAUCAUCGCCAUUGCGGGUGUUCAGGAACUUGGUGCUGAUCUCGGCGCGGAAGUUCGAGGCCUCCGUCGACAACCUAUCCAGUUCCCUGCGCGAUAUCCCGGCACCCACUUUGCCACGUUUCUCAAGGAGCUCGACGACGCCAACAAGAAGCAGCCCGUCAAGUACGCCGUCCCCUUCACGGCGUCCACCUCUCACUGGCACCUGCGCCACUUCGUCCUUGAGACCGCCGACCAAGUUGACUUUAUAAACGCCAUGUUGUACGGCCUACACGGCGCCUGGGGACCACAAGAACCCAGUAAGAUAUGGCAUCUACGCGUACACAAACGUCACUGA